AUGCGUGACCGUCGACCUGGUUCUAUAAUGGAGAUGCUUGCAUUUCAAGUAAGACAACGUCCUGAUCAAUGUUGUCUCUUAUAUCCACAUCCGCUGCAUAUGGAUAGUUAUAUAUCGAUCACGUAUAGACAGUUUGAUACUUUACUUAAUCGAUUGGCAAACAAGUUACUGACAAUAUUACCAGAUAUAAAUGACACAAAAUCUAGCACAUUUGAAACACCCGUUAUUUCGUUGUUAGCCAAUAGUGAUGUGAAUUAUUUGUUGAUGAUUUAUUCAUUAUUGAAAUUGGACAUUGUGGUUUUCCCGUUGAGUACGCGAAAUGAUAAAGAAGCUGUUCAACAUUUGAUAGAAAAGACGGACGCCAAGUACUUAUUUGUUAGCUCACAGUAUCUGCCAAUUGCGAAUGAAAUUAAAACGAAGUUGAAUUCAUCUCUACAUAUACAAAUACUUGACGAUUUAUAUUUAACUGAUAAUGAAUUAAUACACCAGUGCGAAGAAUCAUCUGAUGUACAUUUCUCAGUAGAAAUAUCAUCGAAUAACGAAGCCAAACUCCAACAAGCUCCAUUAAUAUUUCAUAGUUCCGGAAGCACCGCAUUGCCAAAACCAAUCCAUCUAACGUGUAAACGUUUAUUGAGUACAUAUUUCAUAUAUAUCUCGGUUCAUCCUGAUUAUUGGAGAAACGAUGAUGUUUUACUUGCAUGGGGACCGUUAUACCAUUUAUUUGCAUUUUGUAUGACGAUUGUGAUUUGGCAAGCUGGUGGUGCUUUUGCACUACCAUUAGCAAAAGUUUAUCCACCGCAACCAACAAAAUUGCUUUCAAAUAUUGAAUGUAAACAAAUAACGACAUUAAUAACUGUUCCAGAUUUAUUAGAAAAACUAGUACAAAUGAUAAAAAUAAGUGAUAAUCAACAAUAUUAUUAUGAAUUACUUCAACGACUCCGUUUUAUUGGAUUUGGUGGUGCUUCUUGUUCGAAUGAACUAUGUCAAGAGUUAGAUGAUCAUCAUGUUCAAACACGUUGCUUCAUUGGCGGAACAGAAACGGGUAUUAUCAUGGUCAGUGACCCGGAAAACAAUAAAAAUCUUAAACGUUGGAAAUGGAUGAAACUACUUGCUAUGCGAAAACCCUAUACUCAAAUUGUUUCAUUGACCAACGAUGAUGAAUCAAAAUGUUUGAAAGAAAUAGUAUUUUUGUCUAAUGAUCCAUUUAAUACAAAAUCAAUAUCAAAUCGACCAGAUGGCUCAUAUUCAUCCGGUGAUUUAUUCUCCGAGCAUCCAGACAUGCCUGAUUAUUUUACGAUUGAAAGUCGUUUAGAUGAUAUACUUGUUCAUUCUAAUGGUGAAAAGACAAACCCUAUACCGAUAGAAUAUAAAAUAAAAGAACACGCUAUCAUUAAAAAUGCGAUGGUUUUUGGACAUAAAUAUUUUUGCGCAGGAGUUCUGAUACAACUGAAUACUGAAGAGGCAAUGAAAUAUGAAUUCAAUAAAAUUGAGGAAAAAGUUUGGUUAGCUGUACAACAUGGAAAUCAACAUUCACCAGAACAUUCAAAAAUCGUUCAAGAAAUGAUUAAAAUUUUACCAUUAAAUAAUGUAUUAAAAACUGUAAGUAAAAAAGCAUGGGAUAUCGUUUAUAAGAGACCAGACUGCUCCGAGUUGUGUUCGAAAUUAUUUGUAUUAAAAAGAUCAGAACUAUUUACUGAUAAAGGUAAUACAAUGAGAAAGAAAGUAUUAGCACAUUAUUCAUCAACAAUUGAAAAUAUGUACGAAAAAUUUCUCAAUGGCAAAGACGAUGAUCAAAACAAACGACAACAUAUUAAAUUACACACGGCUACAUCGAUCGGUGAUUAUUUACAACAAAUAAUUUCUUCAAUUCUAUCAAAACCUUAUUCCUCGUUGAAUGAUCGUAAACAAUUGUUUUCUAAUUUAUCGAUUGACUCGUUAAACAUGACUCGAUUACAUCGGCAAAUAUGUGACAAAAUUGUUGCUAUACCAAAACAUCUGCUAUAUGAAAAUCCCUCAAUUGAUACCCUAGCAAAAAAACUAUUAAAUUUGAUCAAUAGUAACAAUGAAUGGACGUCAGAAAAGGCAAUAAAUGAAUAUAUUCAAAAUUCAAUCAAAAAUGUUUGUAAGAGUGUUCACACGAAUAAAUAUUUAUCAUUGACCAAUGAAUUAUCAAAGCAAUUAUGGAACGAUCUUACCGAACAGAAUGAUAGUAAUAAACAAACUGAAGAAGUACUCGAUAAAUACAUAGAAAGGAUAAAGAAAGAUGUAAACUAUGAAAACACAAAGCAAAUUGUCUUAAUGACUGGUGCCACAGGUUCACUUGGUUCUUGGAUAUUACAUUAUCUACUUGAAAAUGUUCAGAUUCAACAUUGCUAUUGUCUUAUACGCGGUGAAAAUCCUCAUCAGCGUUUGAAUGAAUCAUUCAAAAGCCGUCAAUUAAACACAUCAUUGCUAGAGAAUAAAUCACGACUUACUUUGUUAACAUUUCAUGAUUACAAUAAAGAGAAAUUUGGCUUAUCCAAUGAUAUCUAUGACCAAUUACAACAGAAUGUUACCGAUAUUCUACAUGUUGGAUGGAAAGUGAACUUUAAUGUGAAUGUGACACAAUUUGAACAGGAUUGUAUACAAAAUUUAUAUCAUUUGUUGAAAUUGGCAAAAUCAACGUCAAAACGUUUUCAUUUUAUUUCAAGUAUAGCAUCAUCAAAUUCUGGCUUGCAACUUGUGAUUAAAGAAGAAAGACUAAAGCGUAAUUCACAAUUAGCAACAAACAACGGCUACGGACAAUCGAAAUACAUAGCCGAACAUAUGUGUUAUGCAGCCAGAGAUUUAUGGAAUGUACCUACACAUAUUUAUCGUUGUGGACAACUAUCUGGUGAUACUCUUUAUGGUAUAUGGAAUAGAUCAGAAAUCAUUUCAAUGAUGCUAUGUGCCAGUGGAGCAAUGGGUGUAAUGCCGAGAUGCGAACAAAUGCUGAAUUGGCUACCAGUCAAUGAAGCUGCCGAAUGUAUUGUCGAUUUGGUAAUAAAUUCAACAAGACAAAAAAGAGACAAUGAUAACUAUGUAUAUCAUCUGGAGAAUCCAGACCGUAUUAAUUGGCAGACGUUUCUUGAUUAUCUUCUUGAUGCUGGAUUACAAUGUACAAUUGUUGAUAAAGACGAUUGGUUAAAGCGUCUAAGGGAAACUCAAGCAAAACAUCCAGCAAUGAUGCUCUAUGAUUUUUAUGAAAAGUAUUUAUCCAAACAAUCAAAUCAGCUGGUUCAGUUUGAAACGGUAAACACUGUACAACAAACAAAACUAUUAGAAAAUUGUUCAAAAAUUAAUAGUGACUUAAUACGAUUAUACUUAAACUAUUGGUAUCAGUGUGGUGAUCUUACUGGUGAAUACUUCACUAACGCAGAUUUUAUUUAG